AUGCAUCAAGAGCUGGCGGAAGGGAAGAGGAAAAGGAGUUACAGUGAGGAGGACUAUGGUGCCCAUCUCCCAGGGCCCUGCUCAAUUUUCAACUCCCCAAUGCCCGUCUUACUCUCUCCUAAAUGUGGGUCCCUGCCCUUUGUGCAUCAUCUUUCCGAUGCUGGUGACUGUGAGUGCGUCUCGAGGGAUGGGGGUGCUGAGCCUACCGCUUCGCUCGUUAGGGAACAAAUUGCUGUUUUGGCCCCGGCGGCUCCUCUGGGCGCGGGUGGCAGCCGCGCUCGCUGGCAAAUCGUGGGAGGGAGGAGGAGCGGCGCUGGCAGGCAAGUCCGGGGGACCGUCGCAGCGCGGGAGGCCAAGAAAAGACGGCCGCCCCGGGCCCGGCUCCGCCCCGCCGGGAAGGGGCUCCCUGCAGCCGCCCCCGGGCAGCACCCUGCGCGGCGCCGCGCGGAGCUCUCCAGGACGAGCUGCGUGAGGCGCGGGGCUCGGCCUUCCUCGCUCCCCUGGUGCCAGGACCCGCACGCACAAGGCAGCUCCUGCUUGCGGAGACACCUCAUAGGAGCAGCUGGAUCCAUUUUCCAGAGCGUCAAGUUGAGGAUGAGAAAGUCUCGAGGGCCGGGCAGCUGUGCGCGCAGAACCCCCGCCCCAUCUGCUUUUAGAUUUCCCGGGUGCGGCUGGAGCCCCUCUAGAGCGCCGGCCUCCGCUGGCCGCAGGGCCUUCACCUGCGCCUGUCGCCCUGUCCCCUUGCCCACUGCAUUUUCCUCGGGGAGAGCAUCUUCCACAGCAUGCGUCCCCUGCCCCCCACGCCCCGAGCCCCCCUCCCAUUCCGCCGGGGGAGGAGAGGCUGCUAGGAGGCUCUCGGAGAGCCCCCGGGCUGCAGAGAAAGACGCCUCCCCUCUGCGGCUGAGGCGAGUGAGCCAGAGGGGGCCGGCCGCUCGCCAGUGGUUCUCCGAGGUACGGGCGGGGAGGCCCGCGGGGUGGGAUCAGGGCGGCCGCCACCUCCCCGCCCCCGCCGAGGUCCCGAAGGGAGGGGAGCCCUCCGCGGGAGGCCUGUCCCUUUAAGGAGGCGGCCCUGGCUGGGUGUGCCCCGUCUCCAUGGUUACCCCGGUGCAGGCGGCGGGCGCGGGAGGGAGGGAGGGAGGCUGCAGCUUC